GCGCCGCGGCGCUGCAUACCGCGUCCCGUCGUCAGAGAGUAGCCUAUAGCACGUAGCUUCAAGUAUCUACACACACGCACGUUGGUCCACGAUGGCAGUUCGGCCUGUGGUAGUGGUAUGUCUGUGCCUGGUUCUCACCCUUGCCGCCAUCACGGAGGGGAGGUAUCUGCCAACCAGGGGACAAGAGGACCGACUCGACCGACUCAGAGACCUGCUGAGAGAUCUCCUAGACUCUGAUGGAGAUCGAGACCCAGGAUCCAGCUACGCACCAGACCGCCGUCCCUUCCCAAAGAGGGACUACUACGGCUACGACCCCUCCCACCACUUCACCAUGGACCAUCUCAUGCACCCCUGAAUAACCCUCUCAAUGUCUCCAACUUGCUGUUUUUAAUUUUUUUCUGUAAUAAAUUUAAAGCAAUACUGUUGUAAGCUAUGUUACAUAAAAUACGUUUUGAAAAUAUACUAAUCGUUUCCUUCCGAGCAUCAAAACUGUUCAGAUUUUGUACUUAUCCAUUUCGUUAAUUGUAAGAGUUUGUUUGAUGCAUUAAAUUUACUUUUGUAACU